UACGCCGUUUGCGUAGCGUGCCCCAAGAUGGCGUCGCGGUCGUCGUCGGCGGUGGCCGGAGCGCUGGCAGCGGCGGCGGAGCGGCUGGAAGUGAAGGGAGGGAUGAGGCGGGCGAAAGGCGGCAGCGCGUAGCGGGCGGCUCCCGGCUGCGGGAGACAGAGCGAGACCGAGAAAGAGACUGUCGCGGGGAGGCGGCCCCCCCGCUCCGUGCCCCCCCCCUCCUCCUCCUCCUCUCCCCGUCCUUCCCCGCCCGCCCCUCGCGGGAGCCCCGGCGGGUCCUGCCCGCCCUCGCCCUCUAGGCCGCGGGCCUCGCCGCGCUCCGGCCCGACCCCGCCGCCCCUCGGAGCGGAGGAUGAUGAAGCUCAAGUCCAACCAGACGCGCACCUACGACGGGGACGGCUACAAGAAGCGGGCGGCCUGCCUGUGCUUCCGCAGCGAGAGCGAGGAGGAGGUGCUGCUGGUGAGCAGUAGUCGUCAUCCUGACCGAUGGAUCGUCCCUGGGGGUGGCAUGGAGCCCGAGGAGGAGCCCAACGUGGCCGCGGUGCGGGAAGUCUGUGAAGAGGCUGGAGUGAAAGGGACGUUAGGAAGAUUAGUGGGAAUUUUUGAGAAUCGGGACAGGAAACACAGGACAUAUGUUUACGUACUUAUUGUCACAGAAGUGUUGGAAGACUGGGAGGACUCUGUCAAUAUUGGAAGGAAAAGGGAAUGGUUUAAGAUAGAAGAUGCCAUAAAAGUUCUGCAAUACCACAAACCAGUGCAGGCCUCGUAUUUUGAAACCUUGAGGCAAGGUUGUUUGGCAAACAACGGCACUCCUGUCAUGACCACGACGUACUCUGAGAGCUCUGUGCCUGACAUCAGAUGACUGAAGACGAUCCCUGUGAGAGAGAUUUCGAGAAACAGACUGAAACAUGGAUUUCCCUUCCCCGUCCCCUUUUUCACAUGCCUCCUCUCUCAAGCCAGGCAUGGGCAGCAGCCUGUGGCACAGCAAGUGGUGAGAGUGCUGCAAUUUAGUGCAAGGUGGGAUUAUUACUAUUUUUUUUUUUUCUUUUUGUUGGCUUUUUGGCUUUUUUUUUGGAUCUGUAUUUUGUAAAAUACAUUUUCGUGCAUGAAGUGCCCCUUUCCCGUGACACUGCUUCCAUGGCCUGGUGAGCGAGGCUGCCAGUCUGGCCUCUGCCUUGUGUUCUGAAGUGUCCCGUUUGUGUCAGCCCAGCCAUAGCCACUUCUUUUGGGGGUUUUUUUUUUUGGUUUUUUAAUUAAAAGACUUCAAAUGUGAGAUCAACUCUUUUAAGUCUUAGUCUGUACUGUCAGGUGCUGUUCCGACCUGUGGGGGGGUCACUUUCAGCGCAUAUGUAUAAACUUUUUUUUUAGGUGGAGACUCUAACAUUUUAAUUUUUCAGGAAUCGUUUUAAUCCUGGUCUGCUCCUGCAGGAAAGGUUGGGAAUUAAUCUGUUUUGCCUUUUGUUCUUGUUUUUUUUUAAAACUACACGUUCUGUGACAGUGCUGGUGGCUGGGCCAGUUUACUCCCCAUUCGGUAUCUCCCAAUUCAGUGCAGUGACACUUGAAGUUGAGGGCAGAGUUUUCAUCACCUGCAGACAUCCCUGCUGCUCCGUUGCUUCUCCUACAGCUUCUGCCAAUGUUUCUGCAUUUACAUCAAAAAGGAGUUGGUCUUUCAACACUUGGCCAAAAAAAAAAAAUGAAUAGCCUCAGAAACGCUACGAUAGAAACUGAAUUCAUUGUCUGUGGUAGGGAUCAGGGAUUGAGUGGGGUCAAAGCCUGACAAACUGGAGCGUCAAUCACCAAUGCUGUCCUGCUGAUCCUGCUGCGUCCCGCUGGUGUCUCCUCUUGUCCACAUGCCUUAUACCGCGUGAACUGGAUACCUGUAACUUGUGCUAAAGCGUCGGGUUGUAUUUACUGAGUGUUGCUGCACGAACCCUCGGCCGGGUAACCACGUUGCGUCCCUGAAAACAAGUCCUGGGGGGAAGAAUUCAGGUCUCUUGUCCUGUGGGUUCUGCAGCACUUACAGUUGCACCAUGGAGCAUGCUCGAAAUGUGUAAACUCUCCCCCCGUGAAAGGUACAGCUGACUCCCGAGCAGAAUUGUUAGUUGGAGAAGUACAUUGUUUAAUAGGAUAGUUUCCCUGAUGCAUUGGCACACUUCACAUUAUUAUUUUUUUGUUGUUUUUAUUGAUGUAAGUUUCAUGCUGUCUUGAUUUGCCAACAGUGUUGUCUAGUUGGGAAAUAAAGGGGAAGGGUUGGGACUGGGAGGUGGGUUGGGACAGGUACAAGUUUUGGGAGGGGCAUUAAUUAAUCCCUGGCUUGGGACAAGAAGGAGUUGCUGAGUUCAGUAACUUCUCCUUUGUCAGAGCAGAGCCAAGAUGUGAAAUUAAAUCUGCAGUACUCUUUUUUUUUUCUUUUCCCUUUUUUCUAUUUUUUUUUUCCUCCUUCCCUCCCCCCCCUUUAUUUAACAAAAGAAUAUUCUAAUAAAUACUCACUGUUCCAGAGUUUUUCUCUCUUCCCAAGAAGCGCUCACAAUAUGAAAAUCUGAUAGAAAUAUCCAUGGAGCCUGGGACAGGGGGGAAUGGUAUCUUUGCUGGUUUGGCAAGAAGCUGUUCAUUUUAAGAUCCUGUUCUGUUCCUUUACUUGUUCUUGCUUUCAUCAGUGUGGAGUAGCAAGGCCAAAAGCAGUGCCAGUGAUUGCUAACAUGAAAAACCACGCAGAAGAAAAAGCUGAGGCAUUAUUCAAGAAGUAGCUUGAAACCGAGUGUCUGGAAUUGAGCCUAAAUUACACCAGUUCAAUUCACUUCAACUUAGAGACGAAUGUACAAUACUUGCUUACUCUGUGCUGAUCGGCCUGAACCAAACUCUCAAAAGGGCUUGAAUAUUGUAUCUGGAAGUGUACAAGGAAUUCAGACAGUCACCGAGCCGUGAGUGGCACCUAACACAGCCAUCUACUGCCUUCGAUUGAGUUUUUGUCUUUACUGUACAGAUUAGUACGUUGAAAAUGCUUUGCAACAAAACAGCUGGUACUCCUGAAAGAGUAACUGCAGUUUUAAUAUCAACAGCAUGCACAGUUUUGUUUUUAAACUAAAAAUGUUUUUACAGGGCUGUUAAACUGACAAUUUAGGGUAGAAUAUUGUUAAUGACUCGCUAAUGGCUUAUUUGUUUGGGUCAGAAAAAUAAAUUGUGCCAAGAAAGUGUUUUAAUGUGGCAUGGAUUGAUGCUGUUAACACAGGGACAUGGAGUGGCUGAUAUUACGCCUUCUUAACUGGAAAUAGCUCCUGGGGUAGAAAUAGCCUUUAUUCAACAGAUGCGACUUUCGGAACAGGCCUUAGUCCUGUGCUCCUUGAACCUCUCUCUGCACCACACGAAUUCCCUUCUUCCUCAGCAUCUGAGGUUCUUCUCUAGUAACGGUGUAGCUGCAUGCCCUGGCAGUUCAAGCAGGUUUAUCCAACAUGAUGUUAAAUUGGUUUGGGACCGACAAUCAAACUACCUUUUAGUGACAGAAGAGUUGUUCUGGGCUUCGCGGACAGACUGGUGCCUGCUUGAUGGACCUGCUUAGGGCUGCUCUCAUGACCAACUGCUAAAAACCCUGUAGGAUUAGACUUCAGCUUCCAGCAUUGCUAAAACUGGUGCUAUAUUGAGCUAGUGUUGGAGAUAGUGGGAUUCUUACCUCAAACGACAUAGUGUCUAGCCUGACCCCUCGUAUCAAGCCAUUACAAUGUGUCUCAGCUUCUUGUUGAAGAAUAGUGUUCUUAGUUUGGCCUUCACGUUGCUUUGAUCCCCGCGCUGGUGUGUGCUUAGCUAUAACUGAGGAAUACCCCUGCUUUAUUUAGGCAUUCUGCAAGUUUGCAGCGGAUUUGGCAAAGUCACCCCUCAAGUUGCAGGUCUCAGAUGUUUGUCUUGGUUCUCUGAAGUCUGGUUUGGGUUAAAUGCUGAGUGUGGCGAUGCUGCACAGCCUCCGUUUGAGGGCUGCUGUUAAUUCCCUUUUGGCACACCUCUGACCCCUGGGGUCUCAUGAAAACUUUAUAUCCUCUGCAGCUUCUUAGGGGUGAUUUCUCUAACAAGAUCGCUUUUCCCUUGCUGCUUUUCAUGCAUGUGUUCAUGGUAUGUACAAGGACACCUCACUUGAUACAUCAAGAAGCAAGGCUGCCUGCGGUCGAGGAAGAGGGGGAAAAUUACUGGCCCUUGAAACACUCAAGUACUGGAUUUCUCUAUGCACCUAAGUGUCACCUCAGGGUUGCAGGAUGAGUGAUGAAGUAAGGGGGAAAAGGGAGACCGGCUGCUCAGCGCAGGGAGGUUCUCUGAGGAGCCUUGAUUCACUUCCCUCUCUGGUAUUGUCAACGUUAGAAAUCCUCAUGUAGUAGAGUUGCAUCCGGCCAUCUGGGACCUUAAUGGGAGAAGUGUGCUCGGCGCUGAGGCACCGCCACUCACCGGGAUGAUCUUUUAAACCUCAAAGUGCUUAAAAUCUGUCGCUCUGUCACUGGAAGCGUUUGACAGACCACACUGGAUCACUGCUGUGGCAGGAGAACAUUAGCUGGUGGUUUAAGCCAAUGCUGGGUAGUGGGUACACCAUCAUUUGUUGAGUCCAGCCUGGGAGCAUGAGGAAAAGGAGGACACCCCCAGGGUACAGAUGUCUCCAGAAGCUGUUGCGUGGUUCCUCCAGUAGCGUUUGUCAGAUCCUGAAUCUUUCUGAUGGUCUGGAAUGGUGUGUGGAGCUCAAAAGGCAGGUGACGUCCCUCUGCAGAAGGGUGCCAGCUGUGAUUAAACUUAGUGGAGCUGAAAUUGUACAUGUUGAGCUCUAGGAAGUCUCUCAAAUAAGGUUUUGGGAUGGUGGAACAGGGAUUUCGAUGCAUUGGUUAAUGUCAGCUUAGAAAUCACGUGCAGCAGAAAACAUACAGCACCUUUGUCUUGAGGUGGUUACUAUAAGAUGAGGUCUGGGUUUCAAAGGUGACUUUGCUCAUGCUGAGGCUUUUCAAAGGCACGUUUCAGAAGGGAGAACCGUUGUUUAACAAAUAUUUUCUAUUUGGGGAGUAUUUAAUAGGUAUUUUAUCUAACAGGUAUGCCACGUGGCUGUGCAUGGUGGUAUUGGUGCCUGGCUGUGGUAAGACACUGCUGGGCCCAGGAGGUGACUCCUUUUCUUGGGAGAUGCCUAGAGAAGAGUGAAUAAAGGGAUUUUUUUUCCCCAUUUCCCUGAAAUCUGGCAUUCAGUCAUGUUGAAGUACUUUGCUCACUUCACAAAGAUGUCCUUUGGUUUCCUCACAAAGCUGGAUUAUUUAAUUCUAGACAAUAGUUUAUUGGCCAUAGAGAAACUUGGUAUUGACACAAAGCCAGGGGAAGCUUGUACCUCCUUGAGCUCUGCACAAGUGUUUCUACUUCUUACAGCACUGGCUGUGCUCUCUGAGGGUGAGCUUUGGCCAAGCUCAGAACUGCAGUGACUUCAUGGAAGAAAUGAGUGUUUGGUGUUUCCCUCUCCAGGUUUGGCAUUUGCCUCUCCAGGUACAUUUGGCAAAACAUUCUUUUGAGUUAAUGGCUACUUUGCAAACUGAAAACGAGAUUGAUUUUUUUUUUCAAAUUGAAAAUGUGUUUCACUUUGGUCUGUAAAAGCUCUUGAGGACUGAGGCAGUGACAGCCCAAGGGUGCAGGACGUGCUGCAGCCACUGGUUGCUGUGCCGUGAGCACACUGCAUAGGGUAGUUGUUACUUGCUCGUGAUUUUGGGCUCUCAGAACAAGGUCCGUACCCUCGGAGGGGUUUUACAGCUGAAGUGUUUUGAGAUAAAUCUAUCAAAGAGAGAGUGUCGGGAUGAGGCUGUUCAGUAAGUGUAGGGCUGUUGCAUCACCUGUAGUAAAAAGAUCAUUCCGAGGAUUCUGACAUUUGUGUUUAAUGCUGUUAAACACAGCUGAAGUCAUAGACUGGUAUUACUGAUAGACCUCGUUAGCCAGUAACUGUAAUUAAAACCGAAUACAAGGCAAUAACAAUAGGGGCUUUAAUGGAGGGGCACUUCAGAGUGGUUUGAGUUUUUAAGCUGCCAAUCGGAUAGAGAGAGCGUAUCUGGCCUGUCAGUCUUGCUAUUUUAUCCCCCCGUCUCUUGCUGAUGGUCAGUAUGGUAAGAUGCAAGAAGUGCUUGGGAGUGGCUGUUGGUUCUUGAUAGUAAACCUGCUGUGAUUUAAUGGAGUUCUGUCUGUGUUAUAUGAUAAGAAACUGUUAGAUGUGAAUGCUCUGAUGGUGAUGGCCUUCAGUCUCGCUGCUGUGGAGGGAGGUAAGAGCUCUAGUUUGUGGGUUGGAAAGGAACAGUAGUUCAGGCAUUCACAUCAGCUUUCAUACUCAGUGGUGGACAUUGUGUGCGCUUCCCAGAUUUCUGUUGAGCAAGAAGGCAGUUUAGUUCAGCGUCAUCUUGAAUGUGCCUUAAAGCAAACUCUAUAAACUGAGAAAUUAAAAGGGAUCGGAAUCUGCUAGUGUUGCUUUUUCCCUUGUGCAGACACAAAGUGUUCAGUGGCUAGAAAUGUGGGUAGGGAAUGUCAGGAAUCCUCGGUUCUCUUCCCAGACUGAGCACGGACUUGGGGCCUCUGCCUCAACUUAUCCAUGCAGAGAACGUGUCACCAUUUUGCAACACACUGGGUGCUCAGGGGAGCAGCUGAUUUGGAGCUGCACAGGGCGAAUCUUUGCCUCUCCCUGUUACAACCAUUUAGAGUCUCUUGCUCGUUCUCAGAAAACACUGUUUUAUCCCGGGUUGAUGUUUUGUGCUUUUUCAGACAGCCGGAUGCAAUGUUUGUACCUGCACAAAGCAUCCAGUAAAAGCAAACGUGGGUGAUGUGGCAGUUUGUGAAAGAUAGGUUUGGGUGUUUAACUUUCCUGGAGUGGGUGCUAUGGCUGGUGCUGGCUCCUGGGAGCGGAUUGAAAUCUGUCAGGCACUUUAGCCACGCUUGCAUCAAGAAAUGAUAUUGUUGCAGACGCUUGUUGGUGUGAAGAGCUUUUAUCUUACAAAGAUACUGAACAACUUUGUACCCUGCCUUUAAAUGACUCUGUCUUCCCUCUCUGCUCUGUGCUUCUGCUCAAUAAGAUAGCAUCAUCUAGUGGCUGCACCACAGCCUGGGGUGCAGGUGACCUUGCUCCUGGUGUACUCUCAUCUUGUCUCGGUGUUAGAGACUAUAACAUACAUAUAUAUGUAUCUCUAUAUAUGUGAUCCUCGCUUUUCUCAGUGUUAGAAUGAAUUGAAGACAGAGAGGACUUUCAGCUUCAGUGGUGGAAGGUGGUGUGUAGAUAUGUGAUUUACUGGGUGGUAGUGUCAUGAGGUCUGUACAUAAUCGAGAGAGAUGUAGGUGAGUGAAAAAGAAAACUGGAUUGAAGAUGUAUUUAGGAGAUUUAUAAAACCUCUUUUUGGUGCUAGUUGAUAGGGGUUUUUUUUCCCUUUUUUUUCCUUUUUUUUUGUGGGAAAGUGAGAAUGUUGAAGUUACACUUGAGAAAUUGACUCUAGAAUUGCCUCAGAAUUGGGAGGUCCAAGAGUGUUUGCUGAACUUCUGUAUGUCCUAUUUGAUAUUUAUUACAUCAGAAGAUCUGGAGUGAUCACUUUGCAUUUCCCGCUCAGCCUUCCCAGACGCGCUGUCCCCGGCAGCGCUCCCGAGCUGGGCGAGCAGGAGCCCGGUGCUGGUCGGAGCAGUGGGAUAAGUGAUCACCCUGUGAAGGGCAUGGCUGAUGGCAGCAAUGUGGGUGCAUCUGCUGUGGCUCCUCCAUCCCUUGUGGAACCGGGACACCUCGCGAUCAAAACUGUGGGGCUGUGACUGUCUCUUCAUGUCUGAGCUGGUUCCAACUCAGCUUCAUGACCAAGGGCAAGACUUUCAUACCAGUCAAGGUACUGACCUGCGCCGGCCUCGUGCGUGGCAGCGCCAGUGGGAGCAAUCCCGAGGGAAAAGGUUGGUUGGUGUUUUAAAGCCUUGCAGAUACUUUUCCAAGUCAUUCGGUGCCCAGGCCUGGUGGCAGCAGCAGAGGUGGCGAGUGAUCUCCUGGUGUUUCCUGCUCCUGUGUGAUGUGGUGGUGGCCAUUGGGAUAUCUCAGUGCGGGCUCCUGUGCUGCUGCUGCCGCCCAGCUCUCACGUGGAAGCAUCAGUGAGUUCGGAGGAGGAGAACUGAUGUAGAGAACAGACUUGCUAGUUUAUUAGAUUAAAAGAAGCUUGAGAUUUUCAGUGAGUUGUAAAUUAAAUGCUCAGUUCUCUGUGAAUUCUAGAUGGUUUUGGACUUGUAAUUCCCAUAAUCUGUUUUGGUUUAUUUUUCUGGCUGCAGUCUUCUGUUCCUCACUCCAGUGCUUUGUGUUUCUAAUCUUCUGGUAAAGUUAACAUGUGGUUGUUUAUUUUUUUUUAAUGAUACGUUAAGUUGAAACGGUUUGCAAAAACACUUUACAACUGCAAGAGCACUUUGGAAAUCUAGCAUUUCAGCUGAUGCUUCUUCUUUUUCUUACCGACUUGGGCUUAUUCUCAUUUAUGAAACACUGUUCAAAGUCAAACGCAGUCAGUAGAAAGGAACGUUUUGUUUUCCUUGAGGCUCAGAACUUUGUUUGAACCUAUGAAUAGUGCAGGUGCUCUCUUGCUCCUGCUUAGUCUUGGCUGGCCGGUGUAGCUAUACCUACGUACUUUGGACCCUGUUCACUCAUAGUGUCUCCACAGAGACCGGGGGGGCUCAGUGCCCACCCCACACUCAGCUCUGGUAUCGGUACAACCCCCCCGUCCCUCUUCUGCAAUGAGUCUUUGGUGUGUUUUGAGGCGUUGACGGCGUGAAGCCGCGCUGGUGUUGGGCAGCUGGCAGGCUGGUUCCUUUCUCAAGGUGUCUGUGUGCGUGUGUGCGUGCGAGGGGAGGUCGUCGCUGUCUUUAAGAGAUUUAAGAAAGUGAAAAAUGAAACUUGGUGGGUGCAAGUUCGACAAGCGUAGGCUGUAAUCUAGUGCCAACCAAUAAACACGCCAGUAUUUCACACACA